AGAACCAUAUUGGCUGAACAUUUGUAGAAAAUAUGAGUGGAAGUUUCAAGUUUUUAGAAAGAGUAACGACGAAAUUAAAUUUUGGGAAACGUAUUAGUUUGAAGAGAUAUUCCUAUCAACUAAAAAGGCUCCAGUCUACAAUUUCCGAUUUACAGCCCAACAUAACUGAUAAUGACUUCGUAUCGUCAGCAAGUAAUAUGUUUCCAAUAUUCGUCAAAGACCUUACUGACAAUUCCAUUUUCGAGAAAGAACCUGAAUUCAAGAUGAGAUAUCAAAGAAUGAUUGAGUAUGCUUCACUAGUUGGAAAUAAGGAAAUACCUUGUAUGACUGUUAUGUGUUAUAAAACUUUAGAAAGACCAGAGAAACUGAAUGAAGAAAAUAUUAACCAGGCCUACUUACUUGGAUGGUUAGGAGAAAUGAUCCAAAGCAUAAUGUAUAUGGCUAGUGAUAAAAUUAACAAUGUAGAAUCUCGAAACAGCUCAAAAACAUGGCACUCACUAAAUGACGUAGGAAUCCUUGUAGCAAACGACACGUGUCUUUUACAGACCUCCAUAUUCAUUCUACUAAAAAAGUACUUCAAGGACCAUCCAAACUACCCUCGAUUCAUCGAGUUAUUUCAUUCUUCUCUCUACACGACGUUUCAAGGACAUAACUUGGAAUUAAUUAGUAAAGAUAUAAAUGGGUUUAAUAUGAAUGUUAUUGAAAGGAUCGCCAAGUAUAAAAUAGCUACUGGUUCCUUUAAUUGGCCUCUUAAAUGCGCCGUUUAUUUAGCGGACUUAGAUGCUACACAUUAUUUGGAUCAAGGGAGGAAUAUUGUUGAAGAAAUUGCUGUUUACAAGAAAAUUAAGGCAGACUUUUUGGAUUCAUUUGGAAAUCAUCCUCAGCACCUUAACAUCAAACAAGGUUACUGUUCGUGGUUGGCUGUAAAAUUGUUAGAAACGUGUAACUCAAAUCAGCAAACUAGUUUUAAGGAAAAUUAUGGAAAUAUGGGAGAAAAGUCAAUAGACGAAGUGAUUUCAUUGUAUAAUGCCGUAAAAUUGCCAGUUUUGUUUGAGACGUACACGGCUAAGAAAAAUGUAGAUAUUACGAAAAAGAUUGGAUUGAUAAAAGAUGAAGAUGUUAGAAGAUGUUUGACCAACUUUUGGAAUCACACGUUUUAAAUAAUUAAGAUCUAGCUUUCAAAUGGUAACUUCUUGGAUUUAUAUUGCUAUCUGUUCUCGUUGCAUCCAAAAUAUAACACAUUUUCUU